CGGCUCCCGGGUGACUUCGAAAUGGCGCGCGGCAGGAUCUGCGGGCUGUCGGUCCGUAACCUGCGCUUUCCCACAUCGCUAGGCAGCCACGGCUUCGACGCCAAGCACACAGACCCUGACUGCUCAGCUGCCUAUGUUGUCAUAGAAACGGAUUCAGAAGAUAGAUUCAAGGGCUAUGGCAUUAUGCUCACUCUAGGGAAAGACCCAGAAGUUGUUGUCGGUGCUGUGAAUGCCCUUACCUACUACGUGCUUGACAAGGAUCUCAGGGAUAUUGUUGGUGACUUUAGAGGCUUCUGCCGAGAGCUCACAAGUGAUGAGCAGUUCAGACUGAUUGGUCCAGAGAAAGACGUAGUGGGUCUGGCCGUCACAGCCAUUCUGAAUGCUGUGUGGGACCUGUGGGCAAAGCAGGAAGGAAAGCCUUUAUGGAAGCUACUUGUGGACAUGGCUGAGGGCAUCGUGGGGCCAUCUGAAGAGAAGGGUAUGGAAAGGAUCCAGAGAUGCUGUUGUCCUGCAUUAAUUUCAGAAAUACUGCAGAAUGGUCAACAUGGUAAAAAAGAAAGAGAAAAACAAAUGCUGAGACAUGGCUACCCAGCCUAUACUACAUCCUGCGCCUCACUGGGGCAUUCAGACAGCACCCUGAAACAGCUCUUGAAAGCUGCACUAAACGAUGGCUGGACCAGGUUUAAAGUAAAAGUUGGGGCUGAUCUUCAGAAUGACACACGAAGAUGCCGCCUCAUCAGGGACAUGAUUGGACCAGAGAAGACUUUGAUGCUGGAUGCCAGCGAGCGUUGGGAUGUGCCUAAGGCACUGGCGUGGAUGUCAAAACUAGCUGAAUUCAAGCCACUGUGGAUUGAGAAGCCCACAUCCCAGAAUGACAUCACGGGCCAUGCAACCAUCUCUGAGGCACUGGCCCCAUUAGGAAUUGGCGUUGCCAUGGAAGAACAGUGCCACAACAGAAUGAUGAUUAAGCAACUCCUACACAAGAAGGCCCUGCAGUUUCUCCAGAUUGACAGCUGUAGACUGGGGAGCGUCAAUGAAAACCUCUCAGUACUACUGAUGGCCAAAAAGUUUGGAAUCCCUGUCUGCCCCCAUGCUGGUGGAGCUGGAUUCUGUGAGCUGGUACAACACUUGAUUAUAUUUGACUAUAUAUCAAUCUCUGCCAGCCUUCAAAACAGGAUGUGUGAAUACGUGGACCAUCUGCACGAACACUUCAAGUAUCCUGCGGUAAUCAAACAUGCUUCCUAUCUGCCUCCCAAGGAUGCAGGCUACUCAACAGAAAUGAAGGAAGAAUCUGUAAAGAAAUACCAAUACCCAGAUGGAGAAGUCUGGAGGAAACUCCUUGAAGCUCAAGAUUUAUGUGUUCAGAUCUAACACUUUUUUCCUGAAGUGAAAUGCCUUAAGUCAUACUCACCUCAGGAAUCAUCUGUGAUCAUCACAGUUGAUAGUUAACGAGUCAGUAUUCUACUUAAUUGUAAAGUGAAUUUACCUAACCCAAAGUGUUCUUUAAAAAUAUUUAUUAACUGUUAUACUUUGAAGAAUAAGCAAUAUAUUUCAGAGUUUGUUGUAAUAAUUCCUCAUUCUAACACUUGUUAUAAAUCAGAAUAAAACUGGUUCUGCACCGCUGUGAGCAACACAAAGGA